CUAUUGAUUUUCUGCAACAAAACAAUAAGAUUUCAAUUUUCCUUUUGAGGUGUGUUUGGAAAGAAGGAAAAUCCAAGAAAUGGGUGUUGGAAUGGGAGUUGUGAUGAUGAUGGUGGGCAUGGUGAUAUGCCUUGCCACGGUGGCACAUGCAGCUCAAGGAACUGCUACUUACUAUGGUCCUCCUUACUUGCCUUCUGCAUGCUAUGGGAACCAAGACAAAGGAGUGAUGAUAGCCGCAGCAAGUGAUGCCAUUGGGGGGAAGGCGACGUGUGGAAGAAACUACAAAGUGACAUGUACGGGUCGGACAAAUCAGGGUGUUCUACAUCCUUGCACCGGUAAGAGCGUAGUAGUAACCAUUGUCGAUUACUGUCCACCUGGAUGUCGUGGAACCAUCGAUCUCUCUCAAGAUGCUUUCGCCAUUAUUGCUGACCGCAAUGCGGGCAAAGUCAAUAUCGAAUAUACCCAGGUAUGAAGCUAUAAUUUGGAAGGGACAUGCUGAUAUUAAUAUGGAAAUAACUUAAGCAUUUCAUGGAAACUUUGUAUGUUUCCAUGAGUUAUGUUGUAACCAUGUGAUGCAUUAGUAUCAGUGGAAUAAAUAAAAAUCAUUUCUAAGCUUUUGCCCAUUA